UGGAGAAGGUGCAGGAGAGAGUACUGCAAGUUCGAAUUAUUCUUCUUCUGUGUAUGAUUGCUUUUAUAAAAUCCUCAGUUAGUUGUUUUGGACUAUUUAGCAAAGCCCCAUCCAUCCCUCCUCCACCGGAACACCAUCACCAAAGCCAACCACUUUCUCUGUUUAUGUAUCCAACUAUCCAUAUCUAUACAUAAAUAAUGUAUGUGCUUUUCAAAGACAGGGGUUUUUACUUUAUUAGUCUUAAAAAAAUAUAUGUCAUGGUACGUCCCCGAGGCUGCGCCAUCAGUUCAGAACCAAGAACAAAGCGAAAAGAGAGAGAAAGAGGAGGCUAAGCUAAGGCCAAAGCCAUUUUUUUAAAAGCAGAGAGAGAGGGGCUCACAAAGGCUUUUACACAUGAUAAAAGAAAACACCAAAAGCACUUUCCGUGCGUGUAUAAAGAUUCACCACCAUCAUCUCCUUUCUUUCACUACGCCAUCUCUCUCUUUACUUCUCUGAAUCCUCCUCAAAAACCCAUCUUUUAUCUCCCACUUUUGCCUUUUCUUUUAAUCUCUAUUCGCCUUCUCCGGCUUCAACCCAUCUUUUCUAUCCUCUUCUCUACUCUCUUGUUUUGCUUCAAAGUUCACUGCUUUGUAUGUUUUUCCACUUGCUUGGGUGAUUAAUCCGUGAAGGGUAGGAAGAGGUAACAAGUAUGAGAAUAGAGGAGAAACCAGUUCUUUAUGCGUGUGCCAUUUCGUGAAAAUAGUCCAUCUUCUUUUAACUCUUUUGGACAAAGCUUUUGUUCUUGUGUCGUAUCAGUUUCAGUGAGCAAGUUAAGAAAAGCUGGCUACUAUGCCUAUAAAGCAAAUGAAAGAGAACUCAGUGCAACACCUUGUGAUAAAAAAUCACUUGCAAAACACUAUGAACCCAGUUCAAAGAGCACCAAAAACUGCACAAAAUGGCAAAGGUCCUCUUCCAGCAGCUCAUGAACCACAGAACACAAAACAACCCCAUAACCAAACCUCACCUCCAUCAAAGAAUGGAGGAAGAAGAAGAGGAAGAGGUGGUAGAAAAUCUGAUCAAGGGGAUGUUUGUAUGAGACCAAGUUCAAGGCCCUGCAGGGUAGCACAUAACCCAGUGCGUCCAUUUGCUACUGAUCUUGUGGCAGCAACUUCAAAUGAGUCUAUUCAGAACGGUCAUAGUUCUUCUGGAACGGAAAUGGGGUUUCCUACUUCAAGCAAGUCUUUGAAUUUUGCACCUAGGCCUGGUUAUGGUCAAGUUGGGACAAAGUGUAUUGUAAAGGCUAAUCAUUUCUUUGCAGAGUUACCAGACAAGGACUUGAACCAGUAUGAUGUUAGAAUAACUCCUGAAGUGGCAUCCAAAACGAUGAAUAGGGCAAUUAUGGCAGAGCUUGUGAGAUUGUACAAAGAAUCAGAUUUAGGAAUGAGAUUGCCUGCUUAUGAUGGCAGAAAGAGUCUGUACACGGCCGGUGAACUUCCUUUUUCUCGGAAAGAGUUCACCAUCAAGCUUGUAGAUAAAGAGGAUGGCAUCAAUGGCCCCAAAAGAGAAAGAGAAUACAAAGUGGUAAUAAAGUUUGUUGCGCGAGCAAACAUGCAUCAUUUAGGCCAAUUUCUAGCUGGUAAGCGCGCUGAUGCUCCACAAGAAGCUUUGCAGAUUCUUGACAUUGUAUUACGGCAGCUAUCGACAAAGAGUUACUGUCCUAUUGGGAGAUACUUCUUUUCACCUGAUAUUAGAGCACCAAAAAGGCUUGGUGAUGGUUUGGAGUCAUGGUGUGGUUUUUACCAGAGUAUUAGGCCUACUCAGAUGGGCUUGUCUCUGAAUAUUGAUAUGGCUUCAGCUGCAUUCAUUGAGCCUCUCCCUGUAAUAGAGUUUGGCGCUCAGCUUCUAGGCCAGGGUGUAUUAUCGAGGCAAUUGUCUGAUUCUGAUCGUGUGAAGAUUAAAAAGGCACUCAGAGGAGUGAAAGUAGAGGUGACACAUAGGGGGAAUGUACGAAGAAAAUACCGUGUUUCAGGAUUGACUUCUCAGCCUACUAGAGAACUAGUGUUUCCUGUUGAUGACAACUCGACCAUGAAGUCUGUUGUUGAAUACUUCCAAGAGAUGUAUGGCUUCACAAUUCAGCAUACACAUCUACCUUGCCUUCAAGUAGGAAACCAGAGGAAGGCAAAUUAUUUACCUAUGGAGGCUUGCAAAAUUGUUGAGGGACAACGAUAUACAAAAAGAUUGAAUGAGAGACAAAUUACUGCUCUAUUGAAAGUCACAUGCCAAAGACCAAGAGAUCGGGAAAAUGACAUUUUGCAGACAGUUCAACAUAAUGCUUACUACCAAGAUCCUUAUGCAAAGGAGUUUGGAAUCAAAAUCAGUGAAAAACUUGCUUCGGUUGAGGCUCGAAUCCUUCCUGCCCCUUGGCUGAAAUAUCAUGAAACUGGAAAAGAAAAGGAUUGUCUGCCUCAAGUGGGGCAGUGGAAUAUGAUGAACAAGAAAAUGAUCAAUGGGAUGACUGUUAGCCGAUGGGCAUGUAUUAACUUCUCACGAAGUGUGCAAGAGACUGUUGCCCGUGGGUUUUGCAAUGAACUUGCUCAAAUGUGCCAAGUUUCUGGCAUGGAGUUCAAUCCAGAGCCUGUUAUUCCAAUAUACAGUGCCAGGCCAGAGCAAGUGGAAAAAGCUUUGAAGCAUGUUUAUCAUGCAUCCAUGAAUAAAUCUAAGGGAAAAGAACUAGAGCUUCUAUUAGCUAUAUUGCCUGACAACAAUGGGUCACUUUAUGGUGAUCUCAAGCGAAUUUGUGAAACUGAUCUAGGCUUGAUAUCUCAAUGCUGUCUCAAUAAACAUGUCUUCAAGAUCAGUAAACAAUACUUGGCUAAUGUGGCCCUCAAGAUCAAUGUUAAGAUGGGUGGCAGAAACACUGUUCUUUUGGAUGCUAUCAGCUGCAGAAUACCAUUAGUCAGUGACAUACCAACCAUAAUAUUUGGAGCAGAUGUGACUCACCCAGAAAAUGGAGAAGAUUCCAGCCCCUCAAUUGCAGCAGUUGUAGCUUCACAAGAUUGGCCUGAAGUGACAAAAUAUGCCGGACUAGUUUGUGCUCAAGCUCAUAGACAGGAACUCAUACAGGACUUGUACAAAACGUGGCAGGAUCCUGUCCGUGGCACAGUUAGUGGUGGCAUGAUCAGGGAUCUUCUGGUAUCCUUUAGGAAGGCAACAGGGCAGAAGCCUCUGAGGAUUAUAUUUUACAGGGAUGGUGUUAGUGAAGGGCAAUUUUAUCAAGUUCUGCUGUACGAGCUAGAUGCAAUACGGAAGGCCUGUGCUUCUCUAGAACCAAACUAUCAACCGCCAGUGACUUUCAUUGUUGUACAAAAACGACACCACACUCGAUUGUUUGCUAAUAAUCACAGGGACCGAAGCAGCACAGACAAGAGUGGAAACAUUUUACCUGGCACUGUUGUUGAUUCGAAAAUCUGUCAUCCAACAGAAUUUGAUUUUUAUCUUUGCAGCCAUGCUGGUAUUCAGGGAACAAGUCGGCCAGCACACUACCAUGUUCUUUGGGAUGAAAACAAUUUUACCGCAGAUGGAAUACAGUCUCUAACAAACAACCUUUGUUACACAUAUGCAAGGUGCACCCGCUCAGUAUCUGUUGUUCCUCCUGCAUAUUAUGCACAUUUAGCUGCAUUCCGUGCCCGGUUCUACAUGGAACCAGAGAUGCAAGAGAAUGGAUCAACAGGUGGUGGUACAGGUCACACCAAAGGCACAAGGGCCGCAGGAGAAUCCGGGGUGCGGCCAUUGCCAGCCUUGAAGGAGAAUGUCAAGCGAGUAAUGUUCUACUGUUAGAAUGAAGAGAUGUUGAGCCGGAAGAUGCAGCAAUGAUGAAUAGCUUUUCAUCUCUGAAUUUACUUUGUACAGUUUUAAUGAUUAAAGCAUGGUCGUAAGGUCUUCCAAAUUCAGGGUUCCUUGAUAAAAAAAAAAUGUCAAAAAAAAAUGACACCAUAGGUCGUCCUCUGGAGUUCUUAGUCCCUACUCUAGAUGGAUAGAAUGUUAAACCAGGCUAUGUAAAUAAAUGUUUAUUUAGAAUCUUGAUGUAGGAAAUUUUGGCUAACACCUAUCAACAAGUUGUUCCAUCUUAUUUCGUUUCCCCUUCCCCACCCACCCUUUCUUCCAUGUAUGCUGUAUUUCAUCCAAAGCUGGAAUACUUGCUGAAUUUUAUCCCAGAGAAUAUCAUUGAAAAUGCCCUGUGCAAACAAAUACCUCAGGAACCAGAAAAGUGAAAAAAAAGGCUAGUAUCACUGCUCCGACCCAUUAGGGUGUUCAUUUGGUUAAUUUAAUGGGUUACUGUUUAAAGGAGCUGUAGCUGCAUUACUACCUAUAUACAAUUUUUAAAGGUUCUACCACAGGCGUGUGUCCUGAUGAUUCGGAAGCUAAAUGGAUUAGUGUUUCAUGUCUAGUCAGUGGAAUGUUUGGACAGUAAGAUGGAGUUCAAUUAACCGAAUGUUGAGUAUUGAGAAGUCUGGCUCUUCCUGUCUGACACUUGCUUGCCGGAGUCUGCGUUUGAGCCCGCGUGAGAGCUUGUUACUGGAGUCUGGACACACAUCUUCAAUGGGCUCAAGCUUCUUCCAUAGCUUAUCAACAAUGGGUUAGGCUCGAUUUCUUUUUUUGUUUUUUAGCUAUCAACAAUGGAGGGGCUUAUCAUGAGUUGGGAGAAUUAUUGACCUUUGAGGCCCAAAUUUUAACUCUGCAUGUACCUAAAAGCAAAGAAGGCUUUCUGCCAAAUCUUGUUGAUGAAAUUGUCGUAUCUCUAUAAACGCCAUAAGAGCGGCAAGAAACUCAAUUUUUGUAAAAUUUUAAUUUCGAGUUUUGUAAAUAAAAAAAUAAAUUUGAGAAAGCUUGUUUUUUUGUAAGAUCCAAUCCAGUUCAACUCUGGAUUAAUCGAAACUUAAAGUGAUUAUCGGACAUCAAAAGAUUUCAGACA